AAAUGUGGAUUCUCUUUCUCUGUUGGUUUUGGGUUACUGCUGAGGCUUCUGCUUUUGCUCUUUUUCCUUGGUUGUUUUUAGUGUUGCGGUUCCUUUCUUUUAAAGGUAGUCCGGUACCAGAUGUGAUAAUGAAACUUGGAAAGAAGAGGGAAAUUAGUCUGCUGUCAUUGGUGGAAAAUACCUGUCUUGUGAGUUUGAUUUUAGGAAGAAAUGAGGAAAAGCAACUGGUUUGACCAAGGAGUAUGAGAUUUGAAAAGCUAUGUUAAAAAGGAGGAAUAAAAGAAAGGAGGAAACCCCCCCUCCCCUUAUUUUUGUUUUAACCUUUAUGUCAUUGAGGUAGCAGGGGUCAGGUCAGCCCUGCUGACCUGUUGAGCAAAACCCAACUUGGGGUGUUUUCUGUUUUGUUGUUGUUGUUUUUGUUUAUAUAGGGAGCAGUGCUAACCCUAGGAUGAUGAUACAUAUGCAAGAUUUCUAAUGCCUUUUUCCAAAAGAAAGAAAACUAUCAUUUCUUUCUUAAAGCUGAAACUGUGGUAGGUGUGUAGUUCAGCUUUGUGUUUGGGCGUUGAGAGCACAGAGAAUUGCCCAAUGAUUUCAGCCCUGAAUUUCAUUGGACACUGAUACAAUUAGAGCCUCGUGAAUCAAAAAAAAAAAAAAAGCUGCUGGUGAGAGGCAAAGAAGAGCAGUCCUUUUCAUCGAAGAAGCAGCUGAGCUUUCCCCAGCAUUUUACCUGGAGAGCUUACAAGUCCUAGAGAUGUUCUUCUAAAUGUUUCUUGUGAGUCCAGUGCUUGGACAGAGAAAUAGGCCUCAAUCAAAUCAGUCUUGCCUUCGGUUGCCGUGUAGAAAGACAUUCUUUUUUGUUUUGUCUUCGUAUCCCCCACCCCCCAAGUGUAUGGCAGAUAGAACUACCUGUCACAAGAAAACCAGGACUGUGGCACUGAUUUCCUUUUACGUGGCUACAGGGUGAUUUCACCCGCUUUGUGCAGGGAAAUGAAUAGGCCUGGACUGCCUGUGAAGGGAGGGUGUGGUGACUGAUCUCUUGGAUAUGCUCAGCUGACUGGAUUUGUUUCAGACUGGACAGGGCAAGGGUUCGGAGAACGUGCUGUAGGGAGCCGUGUGGAUGAUGGGGAUGAUGAAACCUAACCGGAUCUUUGCCAUUGGUUCCAGGUCCCGUUGCCCUGGAAUUUUUGCUGUGAUUUUGAUAGAAGCAGAACAGUUCCCCGCAUCCUUCCUAUAGGCUUUAACUAUUAGAGAAGUAUGAAGAUUAACCUGUCUGGCUGAUGGCUUGGGCUGCCUUUUUUUCUCAUGUUGCAUGUUCUGCUGCUCUGUCUUUGUAUACGCUUCAUCUUGGGAGGGAGAAAUAGACACUAGCACAAGGCCAUAAACAAGCAGCCUAGCUGAGGUAAGCUUGAUUCUACUUUGUCCUUUGAAAGCUUGUGACUGGAGCUUGGUUGCAAGUGGCCAACUCCCAUUCUUAUCAGCAGUGUGCUGCUGUUUCAUGAUAGUGGUGGCUUCUAGGGGGGAAAAAAAAGGUACUUGUUUGCCCUCUUAUAAGAAAGUUGUUCUUUCCCAUGUCAUUCCCUAGCAGCUUUAUGCUUGAGCUCUCUUCAGUGGGACAGGCAGAUCAAAUUCUGUAUCCCAGAAGACAUCUUAGGAGGGUGCGAUGGCUCAGAGUCGUUCGUGUCAUUCUACCCGUGCUCUGUGAGGUUUUUCUCCACCCAUUCCCAACUCUUUAAAAACUAGGUAGAAUUUCCUCUGUGUUGGUGAGUAUGACCAUAAUUCUUUCUUGCUGCUGCUGAGAUGUAGAGGUCUGAAGUGCUUCAGACUAAGAGAACGGAGCCAAGUCAUUAGCAGGAGAUCAGUGGUAUGAAUUCAGAGAAGUGAGAAACUGGAGGGAAGAGAAGAUACUUCUAGAGAAAAGUCCAUAAUAUGAAGGUUGUUUGCUGGAACCACUACUAGAGCUAGGAUUUUUGGCACAGAUUUUGCCACCUCAGCACAAAGCUGAUCUUUCCAGGUCUACAUGUGUUAUUUAAUGUGACGUCUCUUGUGCAGCACUGCAUACGGCAGCCACAAAAGAAAAUCCCUGCUCAGCGAGUAUCUAUCAGCAUGGAUGGAUCAAAGGGGAGGGUGUGUUAGCUGAGAGUGUCAUGAUCCCCUCUCUCCUCAGAAGACCUAGGAAGAGUCUCAGCCUCUGAAGAGAGAGAAAAGUCUGUGGCUGACAGUCCUGAGCAGUCUGUGGGGAAGAAAGAAGGCAGGAUGUUCCAAUCCAUGAUGUCUGUGAUGAUGUUCACCACGCAUGACAACGUCACACACACUACUGCCCUGGUGACAGCGCUAGAUAACGUGACAACUUUGUCCCCAACAACAACACAGGCAAUCAAUGACACCAACAUCACUGUGCCACACAAGUGCCUGCUGUUGCUCUAUGAGGACAUUGGGAAAUCCAGAGUCCGCUACUGGGAUCUUUUGCUCCUGAUUCCCAAUGUGCUUUUCUUUAUGUUUCUUCUCUGGAAGCUGCCCUCUGCCAGGGCCAAAAUCCGUGUCACUUCCAGUCCAAUCUUCACUACAUUCUACAUACUAGUAUUUGUGGUGGCUUUAGUUGGCAUUGCCCGUGCUGUUGUCUCCAUGACCGUCAGUGCCUCUGAUGCUGCCACAGUUGCUGAUAAGAUCCUGUGGGAGAUCACAAGGUUCUUCCUUCUGGCCAUUGAGCUGAGCGUGGUGAUUCUAGGCCUUGCCUUUGGUCAUCUGGAGAGCAAGUCGAGUGUGAAACGUGUUCUGGCAAUCACCACAGUGCUGUCUCUGGCAUAUUCUGUCACUCAGGGGACUUUGGAAAUCCUGUACCCUGAUGCCCACCUCUCAGCAGAAGACUUCAACAUCUAUGGCCAUGGAGGGAGACACUUCUGGCUUGCCAGCUCUUGUUUCUUCUUUCUGGUCUAUUCCUUGGUGGUGAUUCUUCCAAAAACUCCUCUGAAAGACCGGAUUUCUUUGCCCUCCAGGAAGAGUCUGGGCAGAGCCCUCCUCUGUGUGGAUAUCAUAGAAGGACUGUGCUGUGUUGAUGCUACCACAUUCCUUUACUUCAGCUUCUUUGCACCUCUCAUCUAUGUGGCCUUCCUGAAAGGCUUCUUUGGGUCUGAGCCGAAGAUCCUUUUCUCCUACAAGUGUCAAGUGGAUGAACCUGAAGAUGUAGACGUGCACCUACCCCACCCCUAUGCUGUUGCCAAGAAGGAAGGAGUGGAUUCUGGUUUCUACUCAAGCACUCAAAUUGACACUGCAGCCUACCUGGAUGAUGUAGCCUCUAUGCCAUAUCAUGUGGGCAGCAUCAACAGUGUAGACAGUGACCGCUGGAAAGCCAUCAAUGCCUAAGGCAGUGCAGCCCCCUUCACACGAUGCCUCGUUCCUUUCCUUCCAAACUCCUGACACCACAACUGUUAGGAUGUCCAUGGGAAAUCAGUCCUUGGCUAUCUGCCAUGGCUUUUUCCCUCUUCCUUAGGACUUCCUAAACCUAUUGAGAAACAGUUGGCAGCCCAAAUCCCCUUGGAAAGGACGUUUUCUGUUGCUACCCGAGAACAACCUGGAGCAGUUUUGUUCAUAAAUCUAUAAACACUGAACCUUCCUGUUCCUCCAUGUUCCAGAUGCAACUCUGACCCAGAAGACAGGCCUGGCUGGUACCCCUUCAUUUUCAGUGACUGGAAGCUCCUCUUUGUCCAUUAGGGGAAUGACACUUAAGGAUGAGGGUGUUGAUUUGACUGCUGUAUUAUGCAUAUAUAGAAAGUGCUUAAUGCUUGGAGCCAAAGAUGGUCUUCCUGGGCUUUCUUGA